CAUUUGCUUUUGUUUUUUCUGUAUGUACACUGAUGAGGAGGAUGAAGUACCCUCACUUGCAGACUUUCUUGUGCAUCUAACCUUGAUUCUUCUCCAGAUAAAGAAACUGAGAAGGAUGCAGCAACACCAGCAAAGAAGAAAAGCGGUACCCAAAAGAGCUUCUGUAUCUCAGAAAAAGACAAUCUCUAAGUUUAGUUCCGAUGAUGAGCAGAUACAAACCAUUUCAGAGGAGAAAGGAUCCAAUGGUAAUUUUGAGCCACCUGCGGCGCUAAAAGGCCUGGAGACAGCAAGCUUCCUUUGGUGAGCAAACAGAAAUCACAAGUGGAUCUAUGAAACUUUUCUUAGAUGCUAAGGUUAGUGGACUUAAAAGGAAUGAAUCUAAUUUCUCAUUAGAAUUAGAUUCAACCCAACUUAGGAAUUUUUUAACUUUCUAUGAACUGAACUUAGCAACUAAGUUUCUAUGUGUACACUAGUUUGUUGGUAUACUUAGUAUACUGGUUAUCUGAUUGGAAGAAUUUGUGAUGCUUUGUUCGCAAGUUGAUUGAAUGAUGCUGUAUGUUAUGAGAUCAGAAAUUAAGGUUGGAGAACAAAGCAGCAGCCAUUAGGUCCC